AUGGUGGCGCCCGCGGGCGGGCUGAGCCGCGAGCGCGUGAUCCGCGCGCUCGAAGACAACGGGCACAGCCUCCCCUCGGCGCUCGCCGCUCUGCGGGCGCAGUUUGCGGCGCAGGCCGCGGGCGUCGGCGCGUGCUCGCUCCUCGGCGUGCCUGCGACGACGUACAGCCUGCGGGCCGUGGUGUGGCACCGUGGCGGCGACGCCUCGUUCGGCCACUACCUCGCCGACGUGCAGCGCGCGCGCGGCGCAGCGGAGUACUGGGAGCGCUACGACGACACUGCCGUCACGAGGCGCGCGGCCAUGAUCACGCCGGCCACGGCGGUCGGACCCCACGCGACCGCGGUGACCAACGGCUACCUCUUCUUCUACGUCUCGGACGGGCUGGGCCUGUGA